AUGGGUGAACUUGAAGGAAGAGUCGUAAUCUUGGAUGAACUUGAAGUUACUCAAGGAGUUGAGAUAAGCCCUCAGUUAUCCCAGGCUGUGACAGAGGACAUGAACGAAUAUUGGUUAACAAACCGUCGACGACCAUAUAAGAGAGUAAAAGUUCUGAUGGCUCACUGGGCUUCGGAUGAUUUAGGACUUGCAACGGAGAUGAACGAUCUUGCCUUUGUGUUUCGAGACCUUUACGGAUUCGAAGUGUCCAGCUUUCUGAUCCCAGAUUACCAUCCGUCGGCCAUUUUAUCGAGCGUCGUUAUCGAUUUUCUAGAGGACAGCCCUUUGGACACUCUCUUUAUCUAUGGCGGACAUGGAACGAUCAAUCCCCCAAGAAACGACAGUGUAUGGGCGGCAUCAAGGUUAGGUGAGCCAAGCAUGCCCUCUGCCGACAUUCAAACUCUAUUUGAGGAAUCUCCAGCAGAUUCCGUCCUCAUCUACGAUGCCUGCUGUUCGGCAGACGCAGCCGUCACGCGUCCAACCUUCCAAGGAGUAACUGAAUUGAUCGCAUCUUGCGGCUUCCAGACCACCGCUCCAGGCCCAGGCAGACAAUCCUUCACAUACGCGUUGACAAAUGUGCUGCGCGAGCACUCCCCGACGAAGACUUCUCUUGCAGUGGCAGAUUUGUAUCUCAAAUUGCUUGCAAGGCUCAGACAUACUCAAGAUCGAACUGUGGAAACCACACCGGUCCACUGUGCCUUGUCUAACAAGCCUAUUGGGAGACGAAUAGUUUUUGAACCUAUGGGUAACCAUCAUCCUGUCGACUUGUCCACAGUACAGACCCCCUACGUUUACACGUUUUCCUUUGCAGCGGACACCCUCUGGAUGACCUACGAAGCUUGGUUGCGAUGGAAAGACUGGAUAACAAAAGCGCCUCCCGAAGCAUACUUUUUUAUGGGCGCUCGAGUAUCAACCUAUUGA